CAGUGUGCACCAUAGCCCUCACCCUCCAGCCCUUUGUUGUUGUUCUCACGCUAAUGUGCGAGAUCCGUAGAACUGACUCAACUGCGCGGUCACAUUCCGCCCAGACUUCCCCCUCUGCCAGCGGCCUGGUGGUUUGAGAUGAGUAGAAGAUGUCGGUGUCGGGUCUGAAGGCCGAAUUGAAGUUUUUGGAGUCCAUUUUUGACCCAAACCACGAACGAUUUAGAAUAAUAGACUGGAAACCCGAUGAACUCAGUUGCCAAUUCAACGUUACCGGAGAGAAGCUGCUGAUCAUCCACUGCAACAUCACGGAAUCCUAUCCCUCAACGGCACCAAUAUGGUUUGUUGACUCUGAUGAUCCCAGUCUGGCUGAAGUGUUGGAGCGAUUAGAGGAUGUGAGAAAGGGAAGCACAUUGCUCCUUCAGCAGUUGAAGCGCCUCAUCUGUGAUCUCUGUCGGCUGUACAACCUGCCACAGCAUCCAGAUGUAGAAAUGCUCGACCAGCCUCUGCCUGCUGGCCCCAUUACCCAAGAGCGAAAGCAUGGGCCGUCAGAUGAGGUGACCUCUGAAGAGGAAGAGGAGGAAGAAAUGGGAGAGCAGGACAUUGACCUGGACCAAGACCUGGACCAUUACGACAUGAAGGAAGAGGAGCCAGUUGAUGGAAAGAAGUCAGAAGAUGACGGGAUAGAAAAAGAAAAUCUGGCCGUCUUGGAGAAGAUUCGUAAAAACCAGAGACAGGAUCACUUGAAUGGCGCAGUGUCUGGCUCCGUGCAGGCCUCGGACCGCCUAAUGAAGGAACUCAGGGAGAUCUACAGAUCACAGAGUUACAAGACAGGUAUUUAUUCAGUCGAGCUAUUCGGCGACAGCCUUUAUGAUUGGCAUGUCAAGUUGAGGACGGUAGACCCAGAUAGUCCUUUACAUAGUGACCUGCAGGUCCUAAAAGAAAAGGAAGGAAUGGACUACAUUUUCCUCAAUUUCUCUUAUAAAGAUAAUUUUCCUUUUGACCCCCCUUUUGUACGGGUUAUUUCACCCGUGCUCUCCGGAGGUUAUGUUCUUGGAGGAGGGGCCUUGUGCAUGGAGCUUCUCACAAAACAGGGCUGGAGCAGUGCCUAUUCCAUAGAAUCUGUCAUCAUGCAGAUAAAUGCCACACUGGUUAAAGGAAAAGCCAGGGUGCAGUUUGGAGCCAAUAAGAACCAGUACAAUCUUGCCAGAGCACAACAGUCGUACAAGUCCCUUGUGCAGAUACAUGAAAAGAAUGGCUGGUACACACCCCCUAAAGAGGAUGGAUAAGGAGCUACGACCGCUAUGCACUGGGAACAUGUCUUUGGGUCAAAGUAUCUUGUUUUCUUCCGAAUAUUUCCCCCCCUCUCUGACUCUACUGGGGAUAUAUCAUCUUUCUCGCGGACACCAUCUCGUUGGCUCAUCUGACAUGUAUUCCUUCGCCUCGCUCCCGUAAAGACUUUAUCCUGGUAUCACCUCACGUCUCCCCUCUCUGUUUGAGUGAGGAGGAUGUGAGGGUAUCACUAGUCCUGUUUUCUAAAUAUGCUCAUUUGUCUUUAAAAAAAAAAAAAAAACUUUUCUCCCUUUUAGAUGAGGGGAAAUGCUUUUACUUUAGCUGCUUUGACAAAAUGGGCUUCACCAUCAGUCAGUUAGCCUUCCUUCAACUGGGAACUUUAACAGGAGAUUGAAACUGAAGCUCUGGAUGCGGCCCCUCACUGCACCUGUUUUUAUUGGUCACAACUUCUUCCCCUUCUCUUUCUUUGGGAAGUGUACUGGUACCUAACUGCAAACAUUUUAGAAAUAUUAUUCAGCGAUUGUUUUUAUUAUUUGAGCAUCCUAGACGAUAAAUAAAUACAUUUCAUUUUUUUAUCUUAAAUUGAGGUAACCUACCACCCGGUAUAUUUGAACUCUUUCACAAAUAUGUUAAGUGUCUGACAAAGCAGAAUGAAAUGCUGCAAUGUUGUCCGACUAAGAUGAGCUGUUGUCUGUGAACAAAUCCAGCAGUGGUUGAUUUAAAACAAGGCAGGCGGACAUGAAAAGUCUGCACUUUGCAUACCUUUGGAAGAGGAUAUAUUACCACUAGAAGAUGAUAUGAACUUUUGACAGAUCUAAUACUGAAGCUAAAGAGCUUUUCUUUUUGCCUCAUUUGUUUUUUUAACACAAUGACCCUGCAACCCUCGGUCUGGCCUCUGGUCCGUGUGGUUGGUUUGAUGCUGGAAAUACAGUCAGUGUGUUGAGCAGAAUCACACAGGGAUAGCUUCACAGAGGGUGUAAAUGAAGGGUGUUUGAAUGUGAUUUUUUUCUUCUUCAUAAUUCUGCCCAGUUUAGCAUCUUGUGUGUCAUUUCCUGACAUGCUUCGAUUGUAGUGGUUUGCCCCUGCCCAGGUUAGAUUUGCUUCCUUGUUACAUCUCCUCUCUGCUGUCAGCAGCUUAAAAUCUACCAUUUUCCACAACAAUGUACCAUAAUAUGUCACUUUUGGUUUGUAACAAGAAGGAUCCUUCUGAACUGACCUGAAACUCUGUAUGAAACUUUAACCAUGCAAUAUACCGCAGUACGUCAUCGCUACUGCUGUUCCCCAUACUACAGGACACACACUGUAUCUAUCAAUCUGUCUGCUCUUUUGCAGUUUAUUUGUUAACACUGUCUGCAAAAGUAUAUUUUAAUGGCAACUCAGGUAACAAACAAUACUUAAGAGGGGAAUCUGUACAUGGUUUGAGUUAUUUUCUUGGUUUAAUUAUUGCUCUGUACAGCUGACAUUAAGGCUUACUCACACAUCUGAUGUUGAAAACUUAAAUGUAAACGAUAAUAUGUCCCGCUUGUUUCUAUUAAUUAAAGCAAUGUAUGAAUGACAUUUGCAGUAAGAUGCCAUUUUAACAGGAUUGCAGUUGCAUGAUGACCAUCCCAUGUAAUGGCUCAUCAGUACACACUUUACUAUCUUGUUCUUAUUUUUAAAUCCCAAACUAAUACUGAAAUAGAUUUGAUUUCAGUGUGUGAUCUUUACAUAUUCCUGAUAAAAAUGUUUGCACAACUGGCAACAAUGUGCCUGGAGAGGUCAAUUAUAACAACAAACACAUUGCGAGCUAAAUAUUUUAAAAUCAGGAAGAAAGAAAGCACACAUCUUGUUACAUGUCUGAAAUCGCUGAGGGGAGGGAUCAUCGGGUCUCGUUACGACCUCGUCUGAAGGGCAUGUGUCGAGAUUCAGAGACGACUGGAGUUUGAUAGUCAUGCCGUGGUAAAUAGACCUGCACGCUUCUUUAACUGGACUGUGUUCAAAAGAUAGUUUUGUCCCAGCUGUCGAUUCAUUUUCUGGCACGGACAAAACUUGAUCAAGCCUGGCACCGUCGGCUCGCUUUGGUUUUAUUUUUCAUUUUCCAUUUGAAGACAUUUUGACCAUGUACAGUAAUUUGUAAACUUGCAUCAAGUUUAUGAAUAAAGAAUUUUAAGAUUAUUGCUGUUUUACUGGGGUCCCUGUGUAUUAUUUUCACUGUACUCAAUUGAUUGCAGAUGUAUUGGGCUGGUAUUUUAAUAAAUGAAUAAAAUAAUUUACUCCUGA